UCGCACCUAAUGCUCUCCGAACAAAUUAUGGCAUUGUCUCUUAUCAGGUCUAAGAGUCUACAAUACGGUAAUUCGCAGUUACGUUUCUUAUCCUGCAUCGCGACCAUGAAGAAAGGUUUGGUACUUGGUGUAUACGAUUCAGAAGAUGAAAGCAAGAUUUCAUUGACACCUACGGCGGCUAAAUACGAUGAACUAGUUAAUGGAAAACUACAAAAGAAUAUCCUAUUAGCAGGCCCGAAAAUUCCCAAAGGCUCUGUUAGAGUAUUUUGGGGUUUGGAUGAAAAGGAAUAUGUGGGAGUUGCAGUAGUUGGUCUUGGGAAAAAGAACCUCGGCAUUAAUAAACUUGAAGAAUUACACGAAGGAAAAGAAAGCAUACGUACAGCGGCCGCAGUGGGUUGUCGUGCUCUGGAUGCUGUUGACAUUAAAGACAUCAAAUUAGAAACAUUAGGCGACGCUGAAGCUGCAGCAGAAGGUGCUACUCUAUCGACAUGGUUUUUCCAAGGUUCAAAGAAGAAAGAAAAUCUGUCAGUCUUUCCAAAAAUUUCACUAUAUGGUCAAGAGGAACAGGAACAGUGGCGGAUUGGAAAUAUCAAAGCCCAAGCACAGAACUGGGCACGUGAACUGUCAGACACUCCAGCCAAUUUGAUGACGCCAACAAUAUUUUCCCAGGAGGUGUCUUCGUGUCUUUCGAAAUUAGGAAUUACCGUUAUAGUACAUGAUAAAGACUGGGCUGAGCAGAAGAAAAUGGGUUCUUUCCUUAGCGUUUCUCGUGGCAGUUGCGAGCCACCAAAGUUCGUUGAAAUUCACUACAAAGGUGCUGCAGACGAUUGUCAACCGAUUGUGUUUGUUGGGAAGGGUGUUACUUUUGACGCGGGCGGUAUAAGCCUCAAGCAACCAGCGGAUAUGGACGAAAUGCGUGCAGAUAUGACUGGUGCAUCAUGUGUAGCAGCCUCUAUUCGAGCUGCCGCUGAACUGAAGCUAAAAGUUAACAUGGUUGGCUUAAUUCCACUUACCGAAAACUUGCCUUCCGGACAUGCCACCAAACCAGGAGACGUUGUAUUUGCAAUGAAUGGAAAAAGUAUCAUUGUAGAUAACACGGAUGCAGAAGGCAGACUUAUUCUUGCCGAUGCGCUUUGUUAUGCUCAUGAAUUUAAGCCUAGAUGUAUCUUGGACAUCGCGACGUUAACCGGCGCAAUAACAAUCAGUUUGGGAGGAGCAGCAGCUGGAGUCUUUACAAAUGAUAGUGCACUUUUUGAGAAAUUAAAGGACGCUGGUACUGUGACUGGUGAUCGAGUAUGGAGAAUGCCACUCUGGAAACAUUUUACAGAUGAUAUGACAAAAAAAGUUAAAUCAGCGGAUAUAAAUAAUAUUGCAAAAACGAAAGUUGGCGGCGCAUGCACGGCUGCAGCUUUCUUAAGAGAGUUCGUUGAAUGCGAUACACCGUGGAUGCAUUUGGAUAUCGCAGGAGUAAUGAUGAUUGGUGAAGAAUUGCCAUAUAUACCAGCCGGAAUGGCAGGUCGUCCAACUCGUACGCUUAUUCAGUUCUUACAAACAUUCUAUUAAAAUAUUCAACUGACUUCAGUUGUUUUUUUUUGCCUCUUGUACGGCUAUUUCUAUAUACAUAUACGCCCACCUCCCUUAUUAUAUUCCGACAACUGCAUUUUUGUAAAUGAGUAUAAUGUAAACAAAAAUUCAAUCUAACGUUCGUCAUAUACAAAAUUUGUAAUCGUUACGUUUGUGUACAGAAUUAUAUUACUUUACAGUGCAGCAGUAUUUAGUGUAACUGUAAUGAAUCCAUAAUCUGCUUUGUGCAUAUUAUGUAUGUCAUAUUAUGUAAAAAGUUAAAUUUGCGUUACCGAACAUUAAUAACCGCAUUAUACAGAAAAUGAAAAAAUAAAAGAGGCAUACAGUAAUAACGGGAAUACUUUUGUACAAUAAGGUACAGAAAAUACGCUACGCUUGUAUAAGAAACAAAUUUUUUAACAUACCACUCAUGGGAGGAAUGUUGUUAUUUGGGCAAUUUACAUUUUAUUUGUGUCGCAUUUGUUAUACAUCCGACAGAUUUGACCACUGUAUAAACGUUACCCACGUUUUGUAAAAGUAAUAACAAUUUUUUAAACUUAAAGUAAUAAAAUACAAGAUUUAUUGUAUGGAAA